UGCGCAGCUACGCGUGUUUAGUUGUAGUUGGGCAGUUGCUGGGGAAGCGCUUUAGGAUUAAAGUGGUCCAGGCAACCAAUCUAUAGAGUUUAGAAGCGAAAUUCCUAUUUAAAUUUUCGAUUAACAACAACAAUAACAACAACGUCCUUGCAUUCUGAGCACAUAUCCUUGGCAUCACAAAAACAAAUGGCUCUGCUGCAUCACAAGUUCAGCGCCAUUGUCCUGAGCCUCGUCCUGCUGCUGUCGCUGUCGCCAUCAGAGACGCAGUCAAAGCUCCUCACACGCUGCCAGCUGGCCAAGGAGCUGUUGCGUCACGACUUCCCGCGCAGCUAUCUCUCAAAUUGGGUUUGUCUCGUGGAAUCGGAGAGCGGCAGAAGCACAUCAAAGUCAAUGCAGCUGCCCAAUCAGAGCGUUAGCUACGGCCUCUUCCAGAUAAACAGUAAGAACUGGUGUCGCAAGGGACGUCGCGGUGGCAUAUGCAACAUCAAAUGCGAAGAGUUCCUCAACGAUGAGAUCUCCGAUGAUUCGCGUUGCGCAAUGCAGAUCUUCAAUCGCCAUGGAUUUCAAGCCUGGCCUGGCUGGAUGACCAAAUGUCGUGGUCGCACAUUACCGGAUGUUUCACGCUGCUAAGCUGCAAUUGCAGUUGAGAACUCGACGAAUUUAGUAUUUUAGCUGUUAGUUUUAAGUCUCGCUUCAUUUGCUUUCCAUUGCAUUUCAAUUCAAUUAUAUAAAACCUUAGGCGUAUGUCGUACUAUUUAUUUUAAGAUUAACUCUGUUCUAGGAAUUAGCAAAAAACCAGCGACCCUCUCUCCCCUCGACUGCAGCAGAUAAGGCGACUGAUAAGUCAAGUGGGAUCAGCCGCAGUCACUCAGGUAUAACAACGAGUGCUCAACUGUCAGCUUAUCACUGAAUCGCCAACAACAAACCACAACAAAAAAAAAAACAAUAAGUACAACACUUUAAAGCUCAAACAGUGUGUCAAUAAGCACAAUCAAUUCUCUCUCUCUCUCUACAAGUUUCGCUCUUGCUCUCCCUCUCUCUCUCUCUCUUGCUGUGUGUGCGAUACUUCCUAUUUGUUUUUGGGCAGCGCAGCGUAAGAAUACUUAAACAUUUUAAUAAUUUUUUAGUAGCUGAGUUGUGGCCCACAGCAUCGCACAUGUGGAGCGCCAGCAGCUCACAUUGAAAUCGCUCGCAAGCUCGAAUACAAAAGAAGAUACAGAUACAGAUACAGGUACACAUACAGAUACAGAUACAGAUACAUUUCGUACUCGUCUCGCUAAACGUGAAUAAACUAGUUAUUAUUGUUGUCGUUGUUGUUGUUGAUAUUAUUAUUAUUAUCAUUACUGCUGUUUUUGGCGUCGCUCGCGUGCAUUGUGUUCAGUUAAUUAACAAAAGGUAAACAUUGUAAUUACUUUUUAAUUAAGUCGAAAAGUUCAUAAAACAAUACAAUACCAAAAAAACAAAAAAAAAAAAAACGAAA